AUGUCGCAAGAGCCAGCUGCUCCGCCACCGCCAGGUGUUAUACCGGAUUUCAGUAAUCCAUCAGGGGGCCUUCACUUCUGGUUGAUCGUGACACAAUGUAUUUGCAUCCCUGUUGUCACAUGCGUUGUUAUAACGAGGCUGUAUACCAAGCUAUUCGUACAGCAUUUGUUUUAUGUUGAGGACUGGAUGUGUGUAAUAUCUUGGAUCCUAGCAACGAUCUGGUUCUCACUUCAUCUAGUGUCCGCAUCUGGAGGUGGGGGAUACCAUCAAUGGGAUAUCCCGAAGGAUAACACGUUUCUUUUUUUUAAGACCAAUUAUAUAAUAAAUAUCCUAUACGGCCCAGUUAUUUUGACGGUCAAAUUGUCGAUUCUAUUUAUGAUCGCACGAUUAUUCGCAGCAUAUCGAAGAUGGGUUGCUUUUAUACACAUGUUCAGUGCGGUACUAGUGGCAUAUACUGUCUCAACAUUUGUUGUGAAAAUCCGCAUUUGCAAUCCUAUUGAUACCUAUUGGCUCGGUCCCGAAGCUACUAAUGGGACGUGUCUCAAUGUGCUGCUGGUCUUCCUUGCCGACACCACUUUCAGUGUUGUCACUGAUUUGGUUAUCAUCGCUCUGCCGAUAACACUGAUUUCAUUGCUCCACCUCUCCCUUAUGAAAAAGCUGAGAGUUAUUUUUCUUCUGGCGGCAGGUGGUCUAGUGUGUAUUGUGACCAUUGUCCGGCUGGUAUGGGUGAUUAUAUAUCAAGACUCAGUUGAUAGGACAUGGACAACCACGCGCACUGAUCUUGUUACCUGUGCGGAAAUUGCAGUUGGGAUUAUCGGUGCCUGCGUUCCAAGUAUUUACUUCCUUGUCAACCAGCGCUGCCAGCGCUGCUCUCUUUCCUCCCUAGGAGACAGGGAGGGUGGAACGUGA